UUAGGAAGUCACUUCUUUCACUUAUUUGCUUCUUCCACUUCUUCUUCUUGGUCAUGGUGAUCGUCUUCAUGGAUUUCAUGAGUGCUUGAAGGGGUUUACAGUAAAAGCCUGGGUUUUUUUGGGGGGUUUUGGGGGUUUAGAGAGAGAGAGAGAGAGAAUACUUUUCUUCAUCACAUGGACUGCUUGUUUACUGCUCUGGGUAUUUCAAGAAUUCAUUCCUUUGGCUGCAUUUUGGGAUCAAGAAUGUCUGUGAGUUCUUAUCUCUUGAAAAACAUUUUUUUUCUCUGAAAGUUCAGGAAUCCGAUGAUCUUUUUUUUGGGGCAGUUCUUGAAUUCUUUGAUUGAAUGUGCUUACAAUAGGGGGGUUUUAUUAGUUUUUUAGUUCAAACAUUCUUUCCAAUUCUUUGAUUCUUUGAUUUGGCUUGUUUUGUUGAUCCUAUAAUCCUAUUCUUUGUUGCACAUAAACAUAUAGGACACACACACUGAGAGAAAGAAGGAUAAAAGAAAAAAGCAUAAAUUUUUUGGCAUCGGAUUCCAGUUUUUGUCAAUUUCUUGGGAAAUUAAUUUUGGCACACACUCACUCACAUUAGAGGCAUUGCUCUGUUUCUCUUGAUAUCUCUGUAAAAUUUGCUGACAAUUUCAUACCCAGUAAGUGUAUACUGUUACAUAGUGUAAAGUGGUAAAAGAGAGAGAGGUGGGUGGGAUUGAAGAUAGAAAGGAAGAAAUUUGGGAGAGGGGGUGAAGAAUGUUGGCUGGGUGUUCUUCUACAUUGGUUUCACCAAGGCAUAGAUUGAGGAGCGAAGCAUCUGAGCAGUUUCAAGCUUGUCAUUUCCCUGCAAUGAGCACACAGAGAUUGGAUUUGCCAUGUAGUUUUAUCCGGAAAGAGAGCUCGAGGGCUCAGGCCGUGAGGCCGGUUGGGCUCUCGGUUGAGAAGCCCGGAGAAGCCAAGACCAGUGGGUGUGGUCUGAAGCAGAAUAUACGUCUUCCCCCGACCCCGACAGCCAUUCAGACGCCGCGUUUUGAAGGUAAAAGAGAGAGUUGGGAGUGGGAGAAGAAGAGCAGGUGCUUGAAGAGGUAUGCUGCAGAGCAGGAGAGUUGUGAUGAGGGUUUUGUGAGCAGAGCUAAUAAGAGGAAGAAGGGCUGUGGAGAAGAAGAAGAAGAUGAAGAAGAAGAAAAGGGUCAUCAUGGUUUGAGUUUGGGGCAUCUGGGAAGUAGUAGUGGGGGUUUUUGGUUUCAAUCAGGAGUUGGAGGGGCUAAUCCAUCAUCUCAGGGGCCUUUCUCACUUUCCUCUUCAGGAGGAGAUGAAGAAAGUGUGUGUUUUGUGCCAAGUGAAGUGAGGCCUCCACCUCUCCCUCUGUCACACCAUCCAUGGCUGGAUUCUGUUGUGACUGAGAUCACAGAUUUUAGUGACAAGAAUGUGGUGGAGACAAGCCAGGGUCCUGCCAAAGAAGCUUCUGGAUCAAGCACUUCUUCAGAGGGGGGUGGCAGAGGUUUGCUGCUUAGGCUGCAUGAUAAUAACCCCCCUCCCACUACUUCUGACCAUGAAAUAGGCAAUGGUUCUCGCCGCCCGAAUCCCAUUAACGCCGCUGCUUCUCAGGCUGCUGUGGCAGGAGAAAGUGAGCCUAACAGUGGGGUUGAGCUAAUCACCUUGCUGGUGGCUUGUGUUGAGGCAGUGGGCUUAAAGAACUUUGCAGCUGUGAAUCAUUGCAUUGGGAGAUUAGGGGAGCUUGCUUCUCCUAGGGGGUUGCCUGUUAGCCGCCUCACCGCCUACUUCACAGAGGCUUUGGCUUUGAGAGUGGCAUGGCAUUGGCCUCAUAUCUUCCACAUUACCCCUCCAAGAGACCUCGAUCGCCCCGGCCUUGACGAUGAUCAUAACAAUGGAACUGCAUUGAGGCUUUUGAAUCAGGUCACCCCAAUCCCAAAGUUCAUCCAGUUCACAUCCAAUGAGAUUCUCCUCAGAGUUUUUGAAGGAAAGGAUAGGGUUCACAUAAUUGAUUUUGACAUCAAGCAAGGACUGCAAUGGCCUAGCCUGUUCCAGAGUUUGGCUUCCAGGGCUAAUCCCCCAAGUCACAUUAGGAUCACUGGCAUCGGGGAAUCGAAGCAAGAGCUGCUCGAAACUGGCGAUAGACUGUCUGGAUUUGCUGAGCAACUGAACCUGGCCUUUGAGUUCCACCCAGUGGUUGAUAGGCUAGAAGAUGUGAGGCUGUGGAUGCUGCAUGUGAAGGAGGGUGAAAGUGUUGCUGUGAAUUGUAUGCUUCAGAUGCACAAGGUCUUGUACGACACUUCCGGUAGAGCCCUCGUGGAUUUCCUGGGGUUGAUCAGAAGCACAAACCCCAUCGCUGUCGUGAUGGCAGAACAAGAAGCUGAGCACGAUGAGUCCAGUUUGGAAUCGAGGCUUGUCAACUCGUUGAAGUACUACUCCGCUGUCUUCGACUCCCUCGACUCGAGCCUGCCACUAGACAGCCCGGUCAGGACCAAGAUUGAGGAGAUGUUUGCCCGGGAGAUCAGGAACAUCAUCGCCUGCGAGGGACGAGAAAGGCUCGAGAGGCACGCGAGUUUUGGGAAGUGGAGGAAGCUGCUGAUGGAGCAAGGGAAUUUCCGGUGCGUUGGGAUCACGGAGAGGGAGCUUCUGCAAAGCCAAAUGCUGCUUAAGAUGCACUCUAUGGAGAGCUACAAGGUGGAGAAGCAAGGGGAGGAUGAUGGAUUGACUCUUAGUUGGGAAGAUCAGCCACUUUAUACAGUCUCAGCAUGGACACCUUUUGAUGUUGCAGGAAGUUCAUCAUCUUAUUCUCAGCCAAGUUGAUUCGUAAUCGUAACAAUUCUAUUCUCACUCACAGGUUUAAUAUUUUCUUUGUUCAGUAUACAGAAGAAAAAAAAAAGGGUAGCAAAUUCUUUUAUAGGUAGGGAGAUCAGUCAAUAUUCUUUCAUUCUUUACUGCAGAUAUAAGAUUCUUCAUCUGAUAGGACAAGAACAACAACCAUUUCUGUUUGAAUUCUUAUUAGGUUUCUAGUUCCUCAGCAAAAGUGAAAGAUUCAUUUUUUUUUUGUGUAUUGUUCUUUCAAUUCUUUUAUGUAAUAUGAAAAUUCUUUCUUAGUUCAGUUGUAAGCAUUGAUUGCCUUUCUUUAUUCAUCUGUCAUUG